UAAACAAAGAUUUUUAUUGAAGUUUGAAACACUCCUCCAGCUUCAAACGAAGUAAACUGCAAACCCUUGGCAGUCUUCAACGAUUCGACCCGACCCGACCCGAUCGAUCUAAACGGCGUACCCGUAAGCCCAGAUUCGCUGCGUUGAUCUUCUUCCUUGUUCGAUCAACCGCACCCAAAUCCCCCACCAAAUUGUUCCGUUAAUUUUCACCUUUUUUUUGGUUUCCAUUGGAAUUCACAAUUUAAUCCGCAGGCGAAGAGCGGAUAUGCAGACGUUGGGUGAAUUCAAACUGCCCAAUUUCUUUAAUUACCCUCCGUAUUUCACUUUGCAGCCAGUAAGAGACACUCGAGAUAAGCAGAUACAACUCUGGAAAGAGCUUAUACUUGAUUAUUGUCGGACGCAAAAAAUCUUCGUAGUUGGACUCGAUGAAGACUUCCCUUUGUUUAGCAAUCCCGUGAUUGAAAGAUCAUUAAGUAAUGAAGCUAGGGAGGCAUUUCUUUCAGCCGUAGUUUCGGAAGGUCGUGCAGAAUGGACGGAUAAAAGUCGCAGAAAAUGUCUACUCCUUUGGCAUCGGAUUCAAGAUUGGGCCGACUUGAUUAUAAGAUUUGCUAAGGAUAAUGGACUCGAAGACAGUGUUAUGACAGUUGAGGAAAUACGUUCGGGGAUCGAGUCUCGAGGGACAGAGCUGCACGGAAUGGACCGUACGAUUCUAAUGCGAGCACUUAAAUACCUGGAAAACAAGGGGAAGCUUGCAAUCUUCAAAGGGACUUCUGCUGACGAUGAAGGCAUUAAAUUUUCCAUAUAGAUUGUGUAUUUUUUUUCCGGGUUUAUUGCAUUUGGCACCUCUAUGUUGACUCUAAUUCUUGAAAAUAAUUCUCGUGUUAUUUUAAUUAGCAAAAACACCCCUUACGAUUCAGUUUUUUUUUUUUUUUUUUUUUUUUUUUUACCAAACUAACCCCAAAACACUCACUUUUUAGGGGUUGUGUGCUAAAGAAAUGUAUCAUAGGGAUUUUUUUGCUACUAUUAAUAACACGAGGAGUUUUUAAGCAAUUUGAAA